AUGAAGAGCAACGACUCGGUUGAAAAAGACUUGCUGCGGUUCAAGCUUGCCGUUCUGAAUUCGCCUGGGUUCACAGCCAAGGACCUUGUGGCUGGCGGGCCGGAUGGCGACGCCAGCGUGUUUUCCAACAGGGGCAAUAAGCUGCUGUACAACUCCGAUGGAGUCGACUAUACCAAUCUGAACUCCUACAGGGACGACCUCCAGCUGGUCAAAAUAGAGGAACUUGACCCUGGAACUGGUGAGAGACGGCCACGAUACGUUAUACGACGCAAAGACCAGACCGUGGAGGAGAUAAUACAACGUGAAUUGGACGACGAGUUUGGCAUAGUGGACGAUGACGACGAGUACAAGCAAGACUACGACUCUGUACAAGGACUAUUCGACUCCGUGGACGUCGCAGACAUACUGGCGCCGAUCACGCAUCCCACGAACAUUGUUGAGCGCAAAACUUUAGAGAGGAUAUACAAGAGCACGCAUUUGGAAGAUCUCGCCGAGCAGACGAUAGAGCUGAUAGAAAAGGAGCAGGACAACGUGAUCCAGCUGAGCAAGCUGAUGAGUGUGUUUCUGGGAGACUGUCCGGACGAUAUAUUGGCAGACAAUUUGAAGCUCCCGAACUACGACCACAACUUAGAUCUCGAGAAGCAGAUAGCCGGCAGCGAUGAGAACGGAUUGAACAGGGACAUGGACGCCACGCAGGAAGAGGACGAGGACGAGGGCCAGAACGGAAAUGGCCAGACGCAGGAUUCCAGGAAGAUCAACGAGCAGAUCAAGGAUCCGUUCUUCCAGCUACCAGAAUACAAGCGGGAUCCGAACUUUGGGAUCCGCAAGGUGGAGGACGCAGAGGAGUCUCGACAGCUGAUCCAGAUAGCGCUCCAGCGGAACGAGGAAUUUAUUAGAUCGCUAACCACCAUUCGCAACGGCUUUAUCAGAGCAGACCGCGUGAAAAAUAAUAUAUACAAGUGGAGCAAGGAGAUGGCCGAGGAAAAUUACGACAAGAGCGACGAAAGUGAAUAG